AUGGCAUCGGCUUUGAAAGAGUCCGUCCCGCGGGACAAAUGGUGGAAAAUCAAAUGGUUUUCUGACGACGACACCCCGGAGGAGCGCCGUCUCAUCACCAAAAUCGACAUGUUCCUGGUCCCGUACUCUGUCCUAGGGUAUUGGGUCAAGUACAUCGACCAGUCUAACUUGAACAAUGCCUAUGUGGCUGGUAUGAAAGAAGACCUUGGGUUCUACGGAAACGAGCUCGUACAACUUCAAACCCUUUUUACCCUUGGCUCAGUGCUUGGACAAAUCCCCUUUUUAUUCAUCAUGACAUAUGUUCCUAUACAGUAUCUGGUGCCGAUCUGCGACGUCCUGUGGGGAGUGUUCACUCUUCUUCAGUAUCGCGUCAACUCCUACGCAGAGUUGGCGGCGUAUCGUUUCAUGGUAGGCUGGUUUGAAGCCGCCUUCUUCCCCGCUAUGCACUACGUUUUCGGCUCUUGGUAUAGAGGCCACGAGAUUGCUCGCCGUGGUGGCAUUUUCUACACAGGCUUAGCUGCCGGCACUCUGACUGCAGGCUUGAUCCAAGCGGGCGCAUCGACUUCUUUGGAGGGAGUUCGCGGCAUGGAAGGAUGGCGCUGGAUGUACAUCAUCUGUGCCUUAAUCACAAUUCCUGUAGGCAUCUUGGGCUACUUCGUCAUCCCAGGAACGGUCGAUCAGCCCAAUAAAUGGUGCGUCAACGACAAUGAUCUUCGAGUUGCUCGAGAGCGCCUCGAGAAACACGGGCAUGUGCUACACGGCAAGAUGAAAUUUGGUCAUAUCAAGCGCACCCUUUUGGGGUUCCGUUUCUGGCUGGUUAUCACGACAGACGUUCUUUUCUGGAACGCCGGUAUCCACAAGAACACUGGAUCUUAUCUCCUCUGGAUCAAAAGUCUCGGUCGAUACAGUGCAGCAAAGGUUAACGAGCUCGGCACUAUUUCGCCAGCGUUGGGUAUUGCCUACACGCUUAUCGCCUGUUUCGCCUCGGACCUCUUCCUCGGACCAGCAUGGGCCAUCACUAUCUGCUCCUUUUUGAACGCUGUGGGACUAGUCUUGUUGACUAUAUGGACAGUUCCUGAAGCAGGCUUGUGGUUUGGGUUCGCAACUAUGUAUUGGUCUAACGCCCUGUCGUCCGUCUUCCACGGGUGGGUCAACAAUCUACUGCGAGACAGUCCCGAGGAGCGAAGCUUCACCUUGGUGCUCAUCAAUCUGUUGUCUCAGAGUUCAACGGCAUGGACGCCCUUGUUAACAUUUCCGACGGUCGAGUCUCCAAGAUACAGAAAGGGAUUCUCUUUCUGCCUUGGGUGCGCUAUCGCGUUGAUCCUAUUCACGUGGAUUAUGCACUAUUAUCUGAAGAGAGAUAAGAGACAAGACACCAGUCCAUCUGACGAGGAGACAGAUGGGCAACAAGAAAGUGACUUGGUCUCUUCGGCCAAGGAAGGGACCCAGCAGUCUGGUAUACCUAUACCUGAGAACAAGGUCCUGGACGCACGUCUAUCAGCCACGAAACCUCUAAGAUAG